CCGGCUUACACUCCCGCGUGGCAUUUGGACGAAGACGACAGUUGGGACCACGGCAAAUCAAACAAAGCCCCAUAAACUUGCCGGUGCUUGUUGAUUUGGAGGAACCACAGAAAUAGAUACAAAGAGUCAAACGUUUAUAGUCAUAGGGGCACGGUCGUUAAAACUGUUCCCAUGGCCCUUAAAUCGUCCGUGCGCGAAGAGGCAAGGAGAAAUCUUAUCCAAAUGAUGAUCCCAUUUGUCUCCUUAUCUGGGCUAAUUAUAAAACCUAAGCCAAACAUAUUGCUCCCUGGAUUUUGUCCUUCGAAAAUUUGACCUCGAUCAGGUGAUCUCCGGUUGUGACGUUAGUGGGGUAUGUAUAAAGACUGGGUCGCAUUCCCCGGGCCAGAAGUGCACGUUGGGGCACCCCGCAUUACAGGUCCGUCAUCCAGUCAGACGUUAAACCAAAGUGACAGAAACAUGUCGAUGUGCAUCCACCAUCCCGGGACCGGGAAUGCAGUACCGGAGCAGCCCAAGAGGAUAGCGGGAGGAAUCAUAUUCGCCGCCGCCCGCAGGUCCAGCCUCAACGCCGCACAGCAACUACUGGUACCGCCAUCAUUCGAACCGACGGCGAGGACUGAUACAAAAGCUAAAGUGUCUGGAAAUUCCGCUGAAAUGGACGUGGUUCCAUCGGUCAUCCGUGUGACGUUGAUGGGGUCCCCACCCUGGGGGUUCGAGCUGCAGGGUGGGGCGGAGGUGGGCACAGACCUGACCAUCGCCGAGGUCGACAUGGGCAGCAAGGCGCACAUGGCCAACAUCCUGCCGGGAGACGUCCUCCUCCAGAUAGGUCUGGAGAAGACGCAGCAGAUGGGGAAGACGGAAGCCCUGAGGAAGCUCUGCAUCAACGGUGGUUCGUUGAGUUUGGUCCUCGGCCGAGCGCAGCCCAAGUACACGCCGAGCUACACCAGGAGUGACGACACGCCAUACCUGCAGCUACGGGUCAAAGUUUCAUUGAAGGCGGACAAGGACGAGUUCGUGGAGCCCGGCAGCAACUUCAACGUCGCUCCGAAGGGAUGGGGUGGGAAUCCUGACGACGGUCCUGCAGCGUACGCCCCGGUUAGGUCACAUGGCGGUCCUCGACAAACCCCUCGCCAGCCGCCUUUAGGUCAAGCCAUUGCCGAGCUCGAGCAAACGGAAGAUGUGCCUAGAGGUUUCCGCAGCGUUAGACCUCCCGUUCCAAAGGCCAACCCCAAGAAGGAAGCCCCACAAACCCUGCCCCAGUGUGAUGCCUGCUUAGGCAUGAUUAAAGGCGUUUUCGUCAAGGUUAACGGCAAACCUCGUCACCCAGAAUGCUUCACGUGCUCCGCCUGCCACUGCAACCUGAAGCAGAAAGGCUACUACACGGUGAGAGGGAGACUGUUCUGCGAGAUGUGCACAAGAGCGAGGAUCAACCAUCAACCUGAGUUUAUGGAACUUGCCAUGUAAAAAAAAGAAAA